UAAAUCCCUCCCCGGACAAACACGCACGCACCUUCUGCUUGUAAACAGAAGCUCACACGUGACAUCGAGAGCCGAUGUGCGUCGCGCGACGGCAUUGUCUGAGAGCGGACAAAGAGCUGCACAUUCAAGACAGCGCGAGCAUCGGGCAGGUGAGCGCCCAGGUGUCAUGGCAACGGACAUUAGCUGCCGCAAUAUGAAGCCGACUUCUCUCCUUCGAUUAGACCGCGGUGUCCGAGUGCGUUUGGCUGCUUGAACUUCUUCAUGUCGGAAUCCCAAAUCCGACCAUUUGGAGGAGGGACAACGACGUUGGCUGCGCUUUCGGCCGCUUACACGCAACAGACAGCGGGUUAACAAAGCAAGAAAGCCUUUGUGUCAUCUCUUAAUCUAGCUCGUCGGUUUGUUCGCUGUAGCUCUGCCAAAUCUUACUUUGUGUUUUUUUUAAACGUGGGGUCUGCUGUCGGUGGCUACGAGUAGCAUUUAGCCUCGACAUCAGGGAAGAUUUUUUCCUCUGGCUAACGCAUAUCUAAGUGUCUUUUUUUACUGGCUGGAUGAGAUGUCAUUCAUCAUGGAGGAUAACUUAGAGUCCGGAUGGGUGUCCGUCCGGCCCAAAGUCUUCGACGAAAAAGAGAGACAUAAAUUUGUUUUCAUUGUGGCCUGGAACGACGUCGAGGGAAAGUUCGCCAUAACCUGCCACAACAGAACCGUGCAGAGACGGAGCACUUUACUGGACGUCGACUGUGGCCCAAUCGCUGGGCUUCCUCCCACCGGUGCCUGCGUGGCUGAAAAACACACAAAAAGUCCCGUCACGGCGAAGAAAGAUGGAGUCUGCCAAGUGGGUAAAGUUAGACCGCACUCUGUCCCCAAAGGGAAACCCACAACAAAUGCCAACGCAGACAGGAAGACUUUAAAAGCCGGUAGUUCAAAGUCAUAUGAGUGCGUAAGUCACACUUUAGGGACAUGGGACGUUGUGACACCCAAGAUAACGGAUAUGGAGAUCCUGGAGCCAGUGGAUGUCACGCUGUCUCCGGAUGAUGCAGACCCAGGUGACAUCGAGGCCAGUAACCGCGAAGACUUCAGCUGGGCUGGACUGUUCUCCUUCCAGGAACUGAGAGCAGCCCACCUCCAACUAUGCGCCGUCAACUCGGACCUAGAGCCUUGUUUGCCCUCUUUCCCGGAGGAGCAGUCUGGCGUGUGGACUGUCCUUUUCGGUCCGCCCGGGAUGUCACAGCGGGAGACGGACGCCCUGUGCUAUCAGUUGCAGGUGUACCUGGGUCAUGCCCUGGACACCUGCGGCUGGAAGAUCCUCUCACAGGUGCUUUUCUCAGAGAGCGACGACACCGAGGAGUACUACGAGAGUCUGAGUGAGCUGAGGCAGAAAGGCUAUGAAGAUGCUCUGGAGAGGGCCAAAAGACGCAUGCAAGAGGUGCUGGAUAAACACAAAGCGAUGGACAGCAUGGUGGAGCUGCUGCAGGUGUACCCGGAGGAGGACGAAGCGUAUGGAGAGCUGCUGGAAGCCACAACUCAGCUCUAUCACUACCUGCUUCAGCCCUUCAGGGACAUGAGGGAACUGGCAAUGUUGCGCCGACAGCAGAUUAAGAUUUCUCUGGAGACUGAGCGACUCGGCCCUCGUCGUGUGGAGAGCCUGAGAAAAGAGGACGAGGAGUGGCAGAAGAAGGCUCACGCCGCAGUGCUUUCCAUUCAAGACCUGACUGUCAAGUUCUUUGAAACCACAACUCGGUCUCAGAAAGCUCUAUACGAGAGGAUGCGAGCUGACCAGAGAAAGUUUGGGAAGUCAGCGUGGACAGCGGCGGUUGAACGCAUGGAGCGGCUGCAGUUUGCCGUUUCCAAAGAAACUCUGCAGCUCAUGAGGGCCAAAGAGAUCUGCCUGGAACAGAGGAAACAUGGCUUGAAGGAGGAGAUGCAGAGUCUACAGGGUGGGGAGGAUGCCAUGCUUCGCCUGGACCAGCUGGAGGCGCUGUACUAUGAGUUACAGUUGCAACUGUAUGACAUUCAGGCCGAGGUGCUGCGCUGCGAGGAGCUGCUGCUCACUGCCCAGCUGCAGAGUCUGCGCAGGCAGAUGACAGAGCGACAGGAUGAGGUGGUGUACUACGAUACCUUUGAGAGUCCUGAUGCCAUGAAGGGUGUAGAAGACCCCACGACUCCACCGUCACCCCUCAGAGAAGAAGAACUCUGCACCCUGCAGCAGAGGACCCGGCAGCUCGAGGCCCGCAGGGGCCGCAUCACUGCCAAGAAAGUCUACCUCAAAAAUAAGAAGGAAAUCUGCAUCAUCAAUCACAAGCAGAAGAUACAACAGCGCCAAGGUAGCCAUACUGACAGCAAAUCCCUGCAGGAGCUGCAGCAGGGAGAUGAAGAUGAUGAAGCUAAGCGAAACGCCAGAGUGAGUCAGGAGAGGCAGAGGACACUCGACAGGCUUCGCAGCCUCAAGCAGAGGUAUCCAGGCCAGGUGACUCUAAAGUCAAGCCGCCUGCGCCUGAGUCAGACUCACAGUCGGAGGCGUGCUGGGCAGCAGCCCAGCACCCAGGCUGCCGGCGUUCAGACCGACUGCAUCUCAGAUCUCCCAGAACUCUCUGCUCCUCUCCCGCCGGACGCGUACGGCUGCGACAGCGUCUCUUUACCUGCGGUCGACCUCCAAGGCCUCGAUCCCUCGCCUCCCUUCCUAUCGCUGCCCCCACUCUCAGCCACGCCGUCAAACUUUUCACUGGGUCCCCCUCCCCCGCCUCCACCGCCACCUCCUCCGCCUCCUCCACCACUUCCCACCUCAGAGGACGACCAGCAGAAGAACCUCACAGCCGUCACGCUUCAACACCAGAAAGGCGAGUCUGACUCCACCUCGCUCCCGCUGGCUCCAUUUUCCCCUCGAUUCUUUGACAGCAGCCAGCUGUUAACGGCGAGGAAAAAGCUGCGGAAGACGGCUUCUCUGGACUCGUCGCAGUGGAGGAGAGCGAGCUCUCCCAUGGAUGAGGUGCUGGCAUCACUCAAGCGGGGCAGUUUCCACCUGAGGAAGGCUGAGCUGCGGGUCUUGGGCCCGGAUCCGGAUGACGACAGCAACAAUAUCCUGGCUCAGAUCCGACAGGGCGUCCGGCUUAGGAAGGUACGGACCAGACCGGAGCAGCAGCGUCAUCCCAAAAGCUUCCCCCACUCGGCCGACGCUCUGACCCGCAGCAUUCACGAGGCUCUGAGGAGAAUCAAGGAGGCCUCUCCUGAGUCAGAGUCAGAGGAUGAAGGUCUUCCCUGCACUGACUGGGAAAACUAAUGCGGUUCAUCGAAGGAAUCUUUU